AAUCGCACAGAGGUAGCAGAUAACAAAAUGCGCACAUUCAUCAUUCUCGCUCUCGUAGCUCUGGUCGCUGUGGCCGCCGCCCAAGGACCUGGAGGUGGUCGAGGGGGUCCAGGAGGACCGCGUGGCGGUCCCGGUGGCCGUGGAGGUCCCCCAGGAGGUCGUGGAGGUCCUGGUGGUCCUCAAGGUGGCCCAGGAGGUCCUCCUAGGGGUCCUGGAGGUCCCGGUGGUCCAGGUGGUCCUCAAGGUGGCCCAGGUGGUCCCGGUGGUCCCGGUGGUCCCGGAGGCCCAGGCUAUCCAUGGGGUCCCCCACGAAACAGCACAACCACAACCACGACCACGAGCACAGAGGCGAGCUCCUCCAGUACUACAGAGGCAAGCUCCACCAGCACAGAGGCCAGCACAGACGCCUCCACCUCCACCGAUGCCAGUACCACGGGAUCCGAUUAACCUGUUCCAUAUCUGGCUUGCUUUUCUGCUCCUGGGUCAUUUCCGAUAAACCUGUAAAUAAAUUUGUAAAUGUUCGCACAUUGAAGAGAA